CCUGGUAUUUUUGCAAGGCAGGGCUGUUAAUCAAAACAAAACGAAAGUAUAUUUUCGAUGUUUUCUGAAUAUGUCGGAUAUUCUCGCAGAAACACAAGCCGCGAACAGAGAUUCAACAAUUUGGCACCAAUGGUGUCGCCUGUGCUCCAAGGAGCAUCCGACAAAUCAAAAUGUAUUCUUCAGGGAGGCGAAACAAAACUCCUGGGCGAGCACAAUGGCCAUGACCAUUGGCAAGUACUUUUGGGUCGAUAUCAAAAGGGAGGACGAGCUGAGCAAUUUUCUGUGCUCCGAAUGCUUCACAUUGAUGGACUGCCUCAUCGAGUUUUCGGAGAGGGUUCGCAAAGUGCAGAUCCUUUUCAGCAAAUUGCAGUUGUUACAGUCUAAUAAUUUGAUGGAUUAUGAGAAAAUUCGAGAGGACUGCGGUGUGGCAACCGAUGGAUGGAAGCAUAUAAUGCUCGGAGCCGUAGACGAAAGUCUUCCCCAGAAUGACGAAGUAUUCAUCAGCGAGGAACAACCAAUAGUCUGCCAAACAGAAACAUCCAGUAAAAUGAAAAGUGAAAUCCUAAUGAUACCAAAUUUUUUGGUGGAAAAACAAUGUCUUCAGGAAAAACAAGACUUUCCUAAAGAGGAAGAUGUUAUUGAAGAAGAAAUGCAAAUUUCUGGGGUGGAAGAGGAAAUCCUAGAAGAAGAUGUGGAAGAAGAUCUUGCCGAGGAAGAGGUUGAAACUGUGGAGGAAGAGAUUGACACUGUGGGAGAAGAGGUUGAAGCUGUGGAGGAAGAGUUGGAAACCCAAGACGCUACAGAUUGCUUAGUGGAGGAAGUGGAGCACAUGACAGAGGAUCGCUAUAUCGAGGAGUCGCAGAUUAUAGAAGAAAGCCAAGUUUCAGAUUUCAACAUGGAAACAUAUGAAAUAGUACAACACAAUCCGCAAAAAGAACCCGUAGAAACAAAAGACACCGUGGAAUCUAUAGAAUCAAACGAGGAUACCCAGGAAGAUAUCUCCCGAGAGCAUGUAACCGAUGAGGAGGAUGAAAUAUCAGAGGUACCAGCCAUGUAUAAGUGCAAUAUUUGCAAAAAGCCGUAUAAGAAACCCAAAGCCUACAAGCGUCACAUGGAGGAGGUUCACAACACUGUGGCCGAUGAUCUGCCACAGUUGGAGUGCAAUCAGUGCAAACUAUGUUUUCCAACAGUCGCCCAACUGCAUGCCCACCACCGAACCCAUGUACGUGCCAAACCAAAGACAGAUAACUGCUGUCCACACUGCGAAAAGCGCUUCACCACCUCGGGAACACUGAAGCGACACAUAGAAGGCAUCCACAACCAAAUAAAGCCCUAUGUGUGCGACCUCUGUGGCAAAAGCUUCAAUUACAUUACUGGACUGAAGGAUCACAAACUUGUGCACACAGAUGAGUGCCCCUUCGAGUGUCCCGUGUGCAAGCGAGGCUUUAAAAACAAUGCGAGGUUAAAGAUCCAUUUAGAUACACACAGUGCCGAAAUCUACGAGUGCACUGUAUGUGGCUUGAAGUUAAAAACCCGACGCACAUUCAACAAACACAAAUUGGUGCAUUCAGAUACACGGCAAUUUAAGUGUGAAGUCUGCGGAUCGGCGUUCAAGCGAAGUAAGACACUGAAGGCACAUCUCAUCCUUCACACCGGCAUCCGGCCAUAUAAGUGCAAUUUUUGCGGAAGAGACUUCGCCAAUGGCUCCAACUGUCGAUCGCACAAACGGCAGGCACACCCCAAGGAACUGGCCGAAGAGGAAGCUCGCGGAGUGACACGAUCCACACUUCUUCCAAUGCUGGACGAACUGACAAUUGCGUCCAAGCUUUUAAAAACACCCGCAGGUCCUUGCAAAGUAAAGGGUAGUAGGCCAAAAGCUGCGCCCAAAGAUCAAGAUAAUGGCAAUGAAUCUCCAACGAAGGACACCGAUGGUGCCAUCCUCUACGAGCUGGUCGAGGAGCUUGAUUACUCCUAAGUAUUUAAAUAAACAUUAAUAAGAUACUCAC